GUUGCAAUUUAUCCAUUGGCUCCAGCGGAUCGAUUCUCAUAUUUUUAUGGGCGCAAUUAUCUCCUUGGCCCGCUCCUCAUGCGUUUGUUGCUUUGCAAGUUGGAUGCAAUGCAAUUGAUCCCUGUGGGGUAGCAAUAGCAUAGCCAAGCCAAGGAAGAAGGCUGCUGCUUGGCCUGGCUGCCACCAUCUUUAUCGGCUGGAUUCCUUCCCUUCUCUCGGGCUUCCUUCUCGGAGACCCACCUCCCCCCUCCUCAUCCUCUCUCCUCCUCCGCCUAUGGUCCCCGGGCAGCAACCCUUUUAGUGCAAGAUUCAAUCUGCUCCUGCUCCUCCCUGCCGCCGCGCUGUUCUUGCCGCACAGAUUCGCCCCGCCCCCUUUUCUUGGUUCUUGGCCGGGCAGUUCCAGGUUUUCUUGAUCCAGUUCCGCUGUGCUGGCGAGCGAGGCGCUGCUCCGGGGCCAAGAUUGCUGCUGCUCGCCGGAGACGGGCUCGCGCUCGCAUUCCCGGGCCGCCUCGAUCUGCUCCGGGGUCAGAUUUGAUCGGCGUGGCGCCGCCGGGGUUCCGAUUUGGCGUGUCCCGGUGUGCCCCGACUCCCCCUCUUUGAUGAGGCUCUCGCACUGUGAGAGCUACUGCGCCUCCCCCCCUUGCUACAUCCCCUGCCUCCCCAAGUCCAAGGAUGCUCCGCCCGGCGCCGGUGCUCUCUCCACGCCGCCCUGCCCGGUCGAGGACAAGCCGCCCCCCGUUCAGAAGUUCGAGCCGGUGGAGGCCCCGGAGAAGAAGGACGACGUUGAGAGCAGGAAGGACGAGGACGGCGAGAAGACCUUGGCGGCGGCGGCGGUGGCGCCACCGAAAAGCAACCUCAAGAAGCCCAACUGCGCCACCGACGGCGUGUGCGCUCCCAAAGGCAAUGUGAAGUGGCUUGAUUUGCUGGGCAAGGAUCUUACCGAGGUCAGGGAGUUCGAGCCAAGUGAAUCCGGAGAUUCGUGCGACGAUGGGGAUGGCAUGCCAGUAUGUGUCUGUGUCAUCCAAUGAACCAGGAAGAAUCUUGUCAGAGGGUCAUGUAAAUUCUGUGAAAAAUUAAGGGGUGCAGCAUUUCUUGCCUGUACCAGUUUCAUCAGUACAUGCUGCCAUAGGUGCGUAGUUGUAGAGGGUUUUUCUGCCAUUUUUAUCAGUCUCAGAUCUGUGCGUGCGUGUGGUUGGGUCGUUCGUUGUGGACCUUUGUCUGCUGGAGCGAGUGAUACAUUUGACACUCUCUCGGUGAUGUAGUUCAGAGUCUUGCUGCUGCUUCUGUAAAGUUCCCAUACAAAGAUAUUCAGUCAGAAGACAUAGAUCAUGUGUUAAUCA